UUGAAUGCCUCUUUUCUAUUUGCAGCCUUCUGAGGUAAAUAUCAACAUUAACUUUUUCCACAGGCUAAUAAAUUAGAAAAUAAAAUAACAAUGAAUAAACCAACCAUUCAGGACUUUAAACUGCUCAGUUUGCAACACACUGAUCUAAUCUGAUGUGCCCAAGCCAGAUACCUGCCAUCUUUUCUUGGAUGCUAGUUCAUUAAUGUCGGGGCUCAGGCUUUGAGCUGAGGCAACCUUCAUUAUCGAACGAAGUUGUUCAUCAGUCAUUAUACCUCGUAGUCCACCCGGACCACAGUCUUGGGGGCGUGCUUUAAAGGCACUGCGUUUAUCGUCCUCCACGAGCUCUCGUCACGUCUGCUCGAUCACAAGAUAUGUGCGACUUCAGCACGCACACACACGUAGAUGCAAACCACCCCCGCCCCCACUCCCCCUCCGUGCGUCGGUUGAGUCGGGUGGGGUUGGGGGGGCGGAGUUUGGUGGUAGGGGGGGUGUAUAUUGCAGCCCGGAAGAGUUAGGGCUGCAUGGGAUUCUGGGUAUUUGUUUUGUUGUGUUUAUGUUGUGUUACGGUGCGAAUGUUCUCCCGAAAUGUGUUUGUCAUUCUUGUUUGGUGUAGAUUCACAUUGUGGCGCAUAUUUCUAACAGUGUUAAAGUUAUUUAUACGGGCACCGUCAGUGUAACCUGUAUCACUGUUGGCCAAGUAUGCGUUGCAUUCAAAUUUGGCCCGCGGGCCAGAGUUUGACACCCAUGCGCUAUAUGAAAAAGCGCUCUGCCUUAUAAGAACUUGGCAAAAACCCUACUCAAAGAUCCUUACACCUUACCCCCACACUAUUUGAGAAGCACUGCUUUAGUGGAUGUUUUUUUUUUGCCUGAAAUACCACAACAAAGUGGCAAAAGAGUGCAAAAAGUGUGUUAACAGAAAUGUAUGAAAAAAUAUUGCAUGUAUUUUGACCCAACAAAUAUCCAAACUCUCUAAAUGUGGAAUUAAUUUAAAUGCUCUUGAUGAUGCAGCCUUAACAAACUUGCAUACAACAAAGAAAAAUGUGUCCGCUCUGGAAAUAAAUCACUUUCAGUUCAAAGUUGGACAGAGUAUGGAUUAUUUUGGGUUUAAUUCAUAUUUUUUCUGUGUAUUUCAUGGUAAAAAAAAUAACUUUUUUGUUUAAUGAUAAUGAAAAACAAGUCAGACUCAUGUGGACUGUUCUUUAGUGAGAUUUGGUACAUGAGAUGGAUUUUACUCGCACAGAUAUGCAGCGGCGCCCUCUGCUGGCAGCAAUACGUACUGCAGAAGAUGCUGAUUUAAAAAGUAUUUUUCCGACUCUUCUUGGCUUCACUUCCCAACUUGUUUUUCCACUUUUUAAGACGUUUUGAGCAACAAGUGACUUCUUCGGGGCCAAAGAAAGCCUAAAAAGAACCUGUUUUUGAGCAGCGAAAUACACCCACUACGUGACGGAGGACAGCUAUGUGGAACAAAAUAAGUGGUCCGCUACAGACGUGGAAGCUAGCGCCUUAUAAAAGGAAACAUUCUGGUUGUGGCACAUGGUGUAAUGAUAAGUGUGACCGGUAGAUGGCAGUCACACAUAAGAGAAACGUGUGGACUGCAGGUUGACCCGAGCAAGUACAGUUUCGUAAAUUCACCAAAACGUCACCGUGGAGUUAUUGACGAUGACGAGGACUUCUCUUUUGUUUGAAAAGCCGUUUUACUGCAGUACAGACACUGUUUGGAAACAAUUCAGAGGCAAGUCGGCGUCAUGUUCCUCACCUUAGCGCUGCUGAGGAAAGGCAUCCCCGGGAAGCAGUGGAUCGGAAAGUACCGGCGCCCGCGGGCCAUCACGUGGUCCAUGAAGCGCAACAUGGUGAAGCACCUGGAGCGCGAGGCCGCCAACGAGUACUGGCUCAGCCGGCCCUUCAUGACCCAGGAGCAGGAGUGGGGCCACGCCGCCGAGCGCCGACAGCAAAACUGGCAGCGGUUCAAGGAGUCGAAGAUCAGCAAUUUCCCCCCACACAAGAGCAUCGCCGAUCACCUCAGUCACCUGCAGAUCUCCAGGACCUGGUCCAGUUAACGCCCCGGUUUGACGUCUAAAGACUUUCAUUUCUGUUAAGUGACACUUUGAACCAGGACUGGAAAUCUUGUUCUUAGUAAUCCUUCUGACUCAGUAUGGUAAAUAUGUACAUUGAUCCAUUGUAAGCUGUCAAAGGUUCUCCACAUGUAUCAUUAAUAAUAAAUAAUAAUGUGCAUCAUCUACAGUACAAAA